AUGGGAAGGAUGGCAUGCUGUGAGAAGGUAGGGUUGAAGAAAGGACCAUGGACACCUGAAGAAGACAAGAAGCUUAUGUCUUAUGUUGAAAAACAUGGUCACGGAAACUGGCGUUCAGUUCCUGCCAAAGCGGGUCUUCUAAGAUGUGGGAAGAGUUGCAGAUUGAGGUGGAUUAACUACCUCAAACCUGAUAUAAAACGAGGAAACUUCACAUUUGAAGAAGAUUGUACCAUUAUUCGACUCCAUGCUCUUCUUGGAAACAAGUGA